UCGCUCGGUUCUCGGGCCCUUCUCUCACUCUCUUCCCUUCCCGCCGCAGCCGGCAGCAUCUCCCGCAUCCCGACGCGUGUUUCCCCGGGACCGAGCUGCGAGAGCGGCCGUGACGCCUCAGCGCUUCCGUGAUCCGCUGCUGCAGCUGCAGGAAGAAAGAGCUUUUCCGUGGCGUUGCGUGAAGCAGCGAGAGGAACUCGUGCAAUAUGAAAACGAUGACGGGAUCAAACGAGUUCAAACUAAAUCAAACUCCAGACGAUGGCAUUUCAUCAGUAAAGUUUAGUCCAAAUACAUCUCAGUUUCUGCUUGUUUCAUCCUGGGACACAACUGUUCGGCUCUAUGAUGUUCCUGCCAACACCAUGAGACUCAAAUACCAACAUUCAGGAGCUGUCCUUGACUGCGCUUUUUACGAUCCUACCCAUGCCUGGAGUGGAGGGUUAGAUCAGCAAUUGAAAAUGCACGAUUUAAACACGGACCAAGAAAACCUUGUUGGUGCCCAUGAUGCUCCUAUCAGGUGUGUUGAGUAUUGCCCAGAAGUGAAUGUCAUGGUGACUGGAAGCUGGGAUCAAACAGUUAAACUGUGGGAUCCCAGAACUCCUUGUAAUGCAGGAACCUUCUCUCAACCUGAAAAGGUCUACACGCUUUCUGUGUCUGGAGAUAGACUGAUUGUGGGGACGGCAGGUCGGAGAGUGCUGGUGUGGGAUUUGCGGAACAUGGGUUAUGUUCAGCAGCGAAGAGAGUCAAGUCUGAAGUACCAAACCCGCUGUAUCAGAGCGUUUCCGAAUAAACAGGGUUAUGUUUUAAGUUCUAUUGAAGGUCGUGUUGCAGUGGAAUAUUUGGAUCCAAGUCCAGAAAUCCAGAAGAAGAAAUACGCAUUCAAAUGUCACCGUUUGAAGGAAAACAACAUUGAGCAGAUUUAUCCAGUUAAUGCUAUUUCUUUCCACAAUGUCCACAACACGUUUGCUACAGGAGGUUCUGAUGGAUUUGUAAAUAUUUGGGAUCCAUUUAAUAAAAAGCGGCUGUGUCAGUUCCAUCGGUAUCCCACAAGCAUAGCAUCACUUGCCUUCAGCAAUGAUGGAACUACCCUUGCAAUAGCUUCUUCAUAUAUGUAUGAAAUGGAUGACAUUGAACAUCCUGAAGAUGGUAUCUAUAUUCGCCAAGUGACAGAUGCAGAAACAAAACCGAAGUCUACUUAGACUUCUGGUGAUACUUCUUCUCUGCAAGAGGUGCCCACCUGCUCCUAACAAGUCUAAACUAAAACAGUAGAAGUGAGAAGAACAAACUUUGUACUGAUGUUGUUUUUAACUAAGAAAUACUUGUUUGUGUAUUGUAGUACAUCUUAAUCUGUCAUUACUUGCCUGCUUAUAAUAUUAGUGAAACUGUUUUCUUUAUCUGCUGUCUGUAGCUAAAUUAGUUCAGUCCUGUAGGCAACUUUGCAUAUACCUUUAUAAAAACUUAGCACAUUUUGUAGUAUAUAAUUAUGAAAACUUUCAGUGGUCUCAUAAUUGUUCAAUAAAUAUCCAUAGGUAUUUUGAAAAUAAAUACUUUGUGUAACAACCUUUACUGUUUGUGAAACAAACGUUAAGACCAAACCUUUAAGUUGCAAGAAUUCUUGAGUUCUAGAUCUUCCUGACGGAAAAUUUCUGAUCCUUUUGUCUUUUUCCAGUGAGAUGAACUGGGAAUUCCUUCAUUACCUGGGGAUGUUGGCUCUCCAGGCAAUGUUUUCACAGGGCUACAAAAGCCUAAAGUUGUAUUAGGUGGGCUUGUUUAUCUCUGACUUGAAUGUUAAUUGGAGAAUCAUUAACUGUUUCUGGAGGAAAGAACUUGAACACAUGGUACUUGGGUUUCUUUCAAAUACUGCAUAAAAGCUUAAAAUUAAUGAUGCUUGGGAAGAAUUGAGGGUAGAGGGGAGCAAAUGUAGAGUUUCAGCCUACAGCUGAGUGGUCUGUUCCAGGUCUGCAGAUCUGACCUGGUAGCCCAGGGUUUAUGGAGUAACACAAGUGGAACUGUAGAAAAGAGGAAUCUCCCCACAAUGGAGAUGUCAUUCUGGCCACAAAACCCCAUGAAAAUAUGCUGUUCCUCUGAAUGUCUUGCUUGCCUUAUUGUCAGUUGGUAAGAAGUCUAAUCUGUAAUCAAAUUUUGUAUCAGCCUCUUUAGAGCAGGGGGUGGGUGUGAGGAGAUGCUUGAACUUGGACAAAUUAAAAAUUUCUUAGGAUAGUAGUAUUAGAAAAAACAACUUAAAUGCUGUGUGUUUGUUUUUUCUAAGCAGGAAUGUAGAUCUGAUCAAGAACCUAACCUGCAAAUCCAUCUUCUGCUAAAAAGAAUAUAUUCAAUAUUGCACAUUCCUGUUAUUAUUGUGGAAAUAAAGUUAAAUGCUUUCUGAUUAGUACCACCAAUAAAAGCUAUCUCGUCCAACUCUGCAGAACAGACUGUCAGACUGCUCUCUUAAUAGUAGCUUGUAUCAGGUGUUUGGGAAGUACUUAAGCAUUAAGUAUUCACUUUGUAGUGAACAGUAAGGAGGGACAGAACAAAACUGAGGCUUAUCAAAGAUGAUUAAGGUGUGGGUAUUUUGGAGUGGUGAUUGGAUUCAUACUUUACUUCCAACUUUUUCUCUUCUGAGUUAUCAGUGCCUGCAUAGCCAGUGGGAGUACUUUAUUACCUUUAAGAGAACAAACUUGCUGACAACAGAAAUAGUAACCGAUCGUUGCAAAGAAGGUGGUGAUGGAGAGGAAGCUGGGCUCUGUGUGUGCAGAAAGCUAACAAGCUUGAGCUGUUACUAGGUGGGCAUAGUAAAUGAGUUAUGUGGAAUAUUUUAUAGUUUGUCAUGAGCUAGAUAUGGAUUCUGUGAUAGUAUAAACUGUUUUUGAUAGGUUUGAAAAAAAAAAAUCUUCCUGAAUUAAAUAUGAAUAAUGCCCUCAGUAGCAUCCUGCCUCUAUUCUGAUAGAUGUGUACCAUCCCUAUUUCUUCCAAUUUUAAUUGGCUUUUUUUUGCAUUGAGGGUACAUGACUUGGUGAUGAUGGGCAAAGGUUGAAGGUUUGCUGUCACUUUAGGAUGUGAUGACACCUUGGUGUUUGUUUUUUUUAUUUUUGUUUGUUUAAGGAAUGCAUUGAUACAUAGAGUCUGGGGCCUA